AUGCCCACUCUUUUAGACGUUCCUUCGAAAUCCGAUACAACUACAUCUGCAAGAGAAUAUCCUAGUGGUUACAUUCUCGAAGGCUGGUUGAUUCAUAAAACAAUCGGAAGAGGUACUUAUGGAACAGUGUACGAGGUUGGCCGCUUAUCAAAAAGGACGAACCAAUCCUUUGCCCUGAAGACGGUCAGCUUCGAAGCAGCAGUCCCAGAGUUGAAGAAUGAAAUUAAUUCCUUAAGAAUAUUUCACGAGUCUGGCUCGAAACAUUGCUGCAGCGUGAUCGAGGCUGGCAAACAUCAUGGUCUCCAUUACGUGGUUAUGAGUCUUGUGGGGAAAACAGUUCAAUAUCUGCGCCAAAGCAUGCGGUCCAAUCCAACAAAGAAGUUUUCAUUGGGGUGCUCGCUUAAACUAGGCAAAGAAUGUUUGGAGGCCAUAUCAGAUCUUCAUUCCGUGGGAAUCAUCCAUUGCGAUGUGAAGCCAUCAAAUUUUGCUAUUGGAGCAAAUGACCCGAGGCGAAUUUAUAUACUAGAUUUUGGCAUGAGCCGGAAACAUAGAAGCAACAGAAGACAGAAACAUUUCUUCCGUUGGAUGGUGGGGUUCCGAGGAACACCAAGAUAUGCCUCUCUGGAUGCUCAUAAAAAUCUGGUUCUUUGUCCCAAAGAUGAUGUAGAGAGUUGGUUUUACCAACAGAUUGAACUUACUACUGGAACACUGCUCUGGAAAAGUUUGAAAGACAAUGGUGACAUCAUCGAAACGAAGAAGAAGUGUAGAAUUGAACUUCUUCCGAAAUUUCUGACUGGGUGUCCACCUGAAUAUCACAAAAUCUUAACGUAUAUAGACGAGCUAAAAUAUAACCAACAGCCAGAUUACUUCAAAAUUCAAAAACUGUUGGAUGAAGCAAUUAAAAGAAACGCCUACAACAUAGAUACUCCAUUCGACUGGGAGACAAACCACGAGAACGACAAAUGA